AUGUUCGAGAUAUUUAUAAAACAGCCCUUGCGAACACUUGUUCAUGGAUUUUGCUGUUUCAAAAAAGAUUUUGGGCUGUGGGUAUUUCAUCGCUCGGGCGCAUACAGUUCGGGACUUUUAAGUAUUAAAGAUGAAAAGGAGAAGUUAACUCGAGCUAUCUCCUCGUACUUACUCAUGAGUGAUCAAGAGCUCGGUCUUGAUACAUCCAUCAAACAUAUCAAUGGACGGUCUUUCAUAACGUUAAAUGAUGAAAAACAUCAAGAGAGAAGGGAAUUUGAAAUUAGCCCCACUCCAAUUUCCAUAGAGGGUAGGGUUGUAGCUCAAAUCGACUAUAUAAAGCGCGCACGGGGAGUCAGAGGCAUCGUUAACUGUAUUACGUCGGAUAAAAUUUGCAAGAUAAGUGACUACAUGGGAGCACUGAAUUUUACUGGUACGAAGUAUUGGAAAAUGUCCGCUGAAGCCAAGUAUAUCUCCAUUGGCGCGGAGGAGGAAGCAUUAACAUCGGCCCCUUAUUUAAAUGAUCGCGAGCUUAUAAGAGUGGUUAUGACGCCACGUGGCCGAAGUCUUGGGACCAGUCGAUCAAUAUUGGAGUUUCUAGUAGGUAUAAGAGAAGCCAUUGUAGCGCAUCGAGACCUUUACUGUAAAAAGAAAAUGCUCCACGGCGAUAUCUCUGAAGGUAAUUAUAUUUUAACACCUUUAAGUAAUACUCUACAAGGGUUUUUGAUCGACCUUGACCAUGCCAUUGAGGUCAAAGACACUUCCGACGCAGUUAAAGGAAAUUUCUUAACAGGAACAAUGAAGUUCAUGGCGAUUGAACGACUUGAACAUGCUGCAUAUUACAGAAGUAGCAUUACCAGAACUUACCGUCAUGAUCUGGAAUCUUUCUUUUACGUUUUCAUUUUAGGAUGUGUGACUUAUGGAAGCGACACGAAAUCCUUCGAGCUUGCACAUCUUCGCUGCUGGUCCAGGAGGAAUGUCCAUAAUAACUUGACUAACAAAAGGAUAGCAUUCAGUGAUUUCGAAUUCGAAAUUCUCAGGUGGUUCUCCCCCAGUUUUGUUGACUUGAAGGACCUGGCUAAGAAACUGCAUGUGUUGUUGUUCGGAAAAUUUGGAAAAAACUUUACUACCCCUAUCAAUCACGAACCUUUGUAUAAAGGCAUGAUAGAGGCAUUCAGCGAAAUCAUCCAUCAAAUUAGAGGUAAGAUACAACAUUAA